AAAAUGGCGAACACGAGCACUCCGAUGAACGACGAGCUGAAAAAAUAAUUAUUAUUUUAAAUUCCGUUUUGCCAGCGAAAUUCGGUGUGCGUGCGCGUAAAAAGAGUGCGGAAAAGCGCGGUUGGAAAUUUAUAGCAGCGCAUUAUGAAGCGGUCAAAGUGCGGCGCCAAUCGAAAUGGUUAGUCCAAUAAAAAUUAAGCAGCGACAGCGUGCCAGCCAAGAAAAUCAAAUAGAAUAAAUUUAAAGUUUUUUGCUUUGCGAAUUAUGAAAAACCAAUCGCAAUGCGUGUGUGUGUGUACGUGUGGUGCUGCCUGCGCGCGUGUGUGCGUGAGCGAGCGUAGAAGCAGAAGGCGCAGCGAAAAAUAAAAAUAAAAGCGAACAAAUUAAUAAAAAAGGUGUACUAAACGCAAAAGAGAAAAAAAAAACAAGAGAAGCAACAACAAAAACAACACAAAACUGGCGGUAAAUUCGUAUGCAGUACGAAAAAACAACAACAAAACGCAAAGUAACGGGAACUCUUUGACGUAUUUCCUCUAUUAUUAUUAUGCAAAAAGGCAGGCGGCAAAUUGCAGCAGCAGCGAAAAUCAAAUAUAAAUAGCGAAAAGCAGGAUAUAGGAUAUAUACAGCGAAUUGAACACGUCACGUCAUUGGCGCGACAACAAUAAACCGAAGCCAGCAAAAGGAAUUUUAAGGAUAUCGAGGAAGCUUAAAAGUAAAUCCAUUGAAAAUGGCAGCGGUACGAGGACAUCAGUAUUUCAGCCUGCGCUGGAAUAACUAUCAGAAUACGAUGACAUCGGUGUUCCAGCAGCUGCGCGAGGAUCUAUCCUUUGUGGAUGUCACAUUGUCCUGCGAACACGGAUCCCUCAAGGCGCACAAGGUUGUCCUGUCCGCCUGCUCGACAUAUUUCCAAAAACUAUUGCUCGAGAACCCUUGCAAACAUCCCACGAUCAUCCUGCCCGCCGACAUUAUCUUCACUGACCUGAAAACCAUUAUCGAUUUCGUUUAUCGCGGUGAAAUAGACGUCACUGAAUCGGAAUUACAGGGCCUCUUACGCACCGCCGAGCAGCUAAAGAUCAAGGGCCUCUGCGAAACCGCCGAGAACGCGGAUGACCUUAACGACGCGGCCACAGCAACAAUCACCGUUUCGGAGAACAUUCAGCAGGCGGUCGUUGGUAAUAUUGUGAAUGCCACCAUAGUUCCCGGAGCUCCGUCGCCCUCCUUGGAACAACAGCAGCAGCAGCAACACCACCAGCAGCAGCAGCAACAACAGCAGGCACAAGAGCAGCAUCAGCAGCAACAGCAACAGCAGCAGGUGCAUGCCCAGCAGCAACAGCAGCAGCAGCAGCAACAAAUUAACGCUGCCCUGCUGACGCAACACGGAGUGCCCGGCGGAAGUGUAUCCCUAUCCGGACAGUUGCUAAGCUCCUCGGCCAGCGGCAGCAGCGGAAGCUCGGCCGGCGGACAGCAACCACCACAGACGCCAUCCGGUUUGCAGCCGACGCCACGCAGGUCUCGACUCAAGCGCUCCAAAUCGCCGGACUUGCCAACGGGCGGAGGAGCAGGAAGCUCUGGAGGCUCGAGCAGUUCAUCGUCGCAGCAGCAGCAGCAACCCCAGCCGGCGCAUCACCACCACCCGCAGACCAUACUCAUCCAGGGCCAAAAUCCCAAUUCUAUUGUGAGCCUGCAGCAGACGGCCGACGGCAAUUAUAUACCCGUGUCGGCAACAGGAGACGAUUCGGACGUCGAGGAUCACGAUCACGAGCACGAACACGGCCACGGACACGGUCACGGAGGACAUCCGCACGGACACGGACACAGUCACGAUCACGAGCACGAGAACAAGCCGAAUAAGAUCUGCAAGACCGAGCAAUCGGUGGCCUCGCCGGCGUCCAAUUCAUCCAGCGCCUCAAACAAUGCAACAGCGGGCGUGAGCGGCGUGACAUCCACCGGCCAAGCCAUCGUCACACAAAUUGUAGUAGCGCGCGACGGAAAAGAUACAAAAAAUAUGACUAGUUUAGGCAUGGGCAUGAACGGCGGCCUGUUGGGCGUGCCCAUGGGCUUCCUGGACUUCACACCCGAGCCACCAGCACCAUCCGCCACCCCAGUCACCGUUACGGAGCACGUCGAUCUGUCCUGCAACCCCAGCACGGACACGCGCGAUCUAUCAAAUCCCACCGAACCGCUCGAUAUAGACAAUCAUCUGGCCCAGCAGAUCCAUCGGCUCGAUCAGUCCCCCAUGCACUCGAUAUCGCAUCACCACACCGGCGAUGAAAGCAACUCCAAUCUGGUGCAGCACAUCAAGAGCGAGGUGAUCGAGGCCAAGCACCUGGCAGCUGCCCAGCAGCAUGCCCUUAGCCAGGCCCAGCAGCAACAUGCCCAUCACCAGGCCCACCAGCAGCAGCAGCAGCAGCAGCAGCACCAACAGCAUCAGCAACAGCAGCAGCAGCAACAGCAGCAACAGCAGCAGCAGCAUCUCCAUGCCCAGCAGAUGUUGGCCCAAAGUCAGGCCCAGUUGCAGCAACAACAGCAGCAGCAGCAACAGCAACACCACCAGCAACAACAACAGGCCGCAGCAGCGGCAGCAGCUGGUGUGCACGGCCAGCAUGGGGGACAUGUGACGCACGCCGACAUCGGCGGUGCCACAGUCAUGGAGAUUGAUCCGAGCCAGAUUAAACACGAGCCGGGCAUGAUAAUAACGCCAGAGAUUGUCAACAUGAUGUCCUCAGGGCAUAUGGACAUGUACAAUUCGGACACGAGCGAGGAUUCGAUGAUGAUCGCCAACGGCUCGCCGCAUGAUCAGAAGGAGCCGCACUAUACGAAUUUGGACCAGCAACACGGUCUGGGUGGCAGCGUUUGCGGCCCGGGGCCCGGCGGUGCUGGUGGUGGUGGGGGCAUGAGUGGUGGUGCUGGCUCUGGCUCUGGCGAGAAAGGUCAGUUUAAUGGUCCCAAAGCUUGGACACAAGAUGAUAUGAAUUCAGCUUUAGAUGCAUUAAAGAACCAAAACAUGAGCCUGACGAAAGCGUCCGCCAUUUAUGGCAUCCCAUCGACCACCCUGUGGCAACGUGCUCAUCGCCUGGGCAUCGAAACGCCCAAGAAGGAGGGCGGCACCAAGUCGUGGAACGAGGAUGCCCUGCAGAAUGCCUUGGAGGCGCUGCGUUCGGGUCAGAUAUCCGCGAACAAAGCGUCCAAGGCCUUCGGCAUCCCCUCCUCGACGCUCUACAAGAUUGCCCGGCGCGAGGGCAUCCGCCUUGCGGCGCCCUUCAAUGCCGCCCCAACCACGUGGACGCCCGAGGAUCUGGAGCGUGCCUUGGAGGCGAUACGGGCGGGUAAUACCUCGGUGCAGAAAGCCAGCGCUGAGUUUGGCAUACCCACAGGAACACUUUACGGACGCUGCAAACGGGAGGGCAUUGAACUGUCGCGUUCGAAUCCAACGCCCUGGUCCGAGGAUGCCAUGAACGAGGCCCUGAACUCAGUGCGCGUUGGCCAAAUGUCCAUCAACCAGGCGGCCAUUCACUACAACCUGCCCUACAGCUCGCUCUACGGCCGCUUCAAGCGCGGCAAAUACGACGUGGUGGCCAACACGAGUGGCGUGGCGCUCCUCAACACCUCGGGCAACACCACCGGCAGCAUUGAGAUUAUCGAGCACAGUCAGGAGAAUUCGUUGCAUAUGUUACAGCAACAGUUCCCGUACAGCCCGUCGCCGCAUCCGCCAACGCCGCAGCACCACAGCACGCCGCAGCAUCACAGUACGCCGCAGGGUCCGCCGACGCCGCAGCACAUGCAGCAGCACGUGGUGCACAUGCAACAGCAGCAGCAGCAGCAACAACAGCAACAGCAGCAGUCGCCCCACCCGGGUCACCAUCCGCAGCAUAUGCAGCAGGAUGUGGUUACAUCGAGCAGUCAGGUGGUGCACAGCCAACAGCAGCAGCAGCAGCAACAGCAGCUUCAGCAGAUCUAUCAGCAUCACGGCACGCCGGAGCGUAGUUGAGAAUCACUGCAUGCUGCGGCAAUAAUGGGCAGCACCGGUGGUGGAGGAGGUGGUGGAGGAGGAGUAGGAGUAGGAGGAGCCAGCACUAGUGGCAGCACAGCGGCUAGUAGCACACCCUUUGCCAGCAUAUCGGCACUGGUCAGCGGACCGAGCAGUGCACCACCACCACCACCACCAUCAUCAUCGGUGGCUCCCAGUGGCUCGUCGACAGCCAGUGGCGGCACCAGCAAGCGCAAGAAAGCCAACAAGCAAAAGCGUUGAGAGCAGGAGCAGGAUCAGCCACACGAUAAGUUGCAAUUGCAAACAAUUGCCGGAGUGGCCAGACCCGGGGACAUUAAGUUUAGAUUUAAUUGCAAGCACUGGAAGCGCAAGCUGCGCCAGUUUCAUUUGCUAUUGUCCAAACAGUAGUCAAUCAGUCAGUUAAGGAAGUUAUAUGAAUGACCCACAGACAACAAAUUGCCAAGGGUAGAGGGCAGCAAACCAAUCACAAAAAAAAAAAAAAAAAAAAACAAAAAACACUUUUCAACUAGAUGGACAUUAAUUACACAAUCGAGAUGUGUAUAAAAUGUAAAUAUAUAACGAAAUAUGCUUUAUCUACAUUAUACGGAAAAUAGUUAUAUAGGUAAUAGGUUUGCAAAAGUCCUUUGUUUUAGCCAAGUAAGUUGGAGCUGAGAGAGAAAGAUAUACACAUGCAUAGAUCGUAAGAGAAAAAUGAAUUUUAGAUUUGCCUAGGCUCGAAAGAAAAUGAAUUCGUUUUGGGCUCGCAGUUUUAAGAGCACUUUGUUAUCAAUGGACAUGGGACACGCGUUUUUAUUGAUGAACUCGUAACCAUUCUAAGAACAUUUAACUAGGAGCUAAACGUGGAAUCCCGAUUUCAGAUUUCCUCCCCCUUCUUCUGCGUUUUGUUACAAAUUUCGCUUAGUGUGAGACUGAAAGUGCGCCUAAAACUGUAGAAGAAACCCAAGCCCAAAACUAUAGUGAAAACGCAUACAAAACAAACCCAUAUAUGAAUCAAAUGCUUUAUAACCAUAUUGUUUGAACGAAAAGAACGAAGGGGAGAAUACCUUAAUGUAGAAUUAAACCAAAUUAUCAAGGUCCUAGAAAUUAAACUCAUUAGCAUGUAAUGACAACUGCAAACAGAUCAGAUAAGAGAGAAAAUUAAGAGUUAUUUGAAUUUAACUGGAGGCGCCGUGAAUCAACCAAUAUUGAUUUGAUUUCAACUGAAAUAAGAAUAUAGCCAAUACAUAAUUGUAGACAUGAAGUAACUGCAAGAAAACAACCCAUGGAAUGUAUUUUUGAUAGAAGCAGAAACAAAAGCAGCCGAAAUUAGCAAAUCGAACUGCAAUUGUUAUUAAUGUUAAGCUCUAAAUAAUGUCCUUUCGGAAUCACAUUCAAAACAAAGAUUUAAAGCAAGUAUGUAAGAGAAAUCAACCAAUAAAUACACGCGUAUAUAUAUGGAUGCAUAAAAAUCUCUAAGUGAACUGUAAAAUUUUUAGUGUAGCAGCGAACGAGUGUAGUAAUAAUAAACCAUCUUUCUUUAAAGAACACUUUAUUCAAGCGGCUUUAUGUUGCCCCACGAAGGAAAGUUGAUAUAAUAGUAUCUAUAUCAAAAAUCGGAAAUAAAAUCUACAAGGAGAAAAAAUACAUUCAAAAUUUUGAAACUAGAAAUUUAAAAAGAAAAAAAAUGUAUAAUAGCUUCCACUAGCGUAUCUACAUAAUUAGGAAACGAGGAAAGGAUACUCUUAACACCCAUCUGAAGUAACUUCAACUAUUUUUUGGUUUCAUCUCAACUAUACGUGUGCGGAGAACACUUGAAAAUCUUUGUAAAUACAUUUGAAUAAUUUCUUUAGUUGUUAGUUGUCCUAGGGGAACAGGUAUCUGAAAAUUACAAAAUCAAAUGUUGCAAAUUAAUUUAUUUUAGCGUUAUAGACCCGUAGAACUGAAUGCAAUAUGCUUACCUUAAACUCAACAUAAUUUAAUUCUAUUCCUAUUAUCUUUAGUUGGAUUCAUUUUAAUGUUUUAUAGCAAAACUGUAUAUCAUUGUAAAUUAAUUAACGCAUACAAAGUAGCAUCUACAAGAGUUAAAUCAACAAUAAAACAAAAAAUAUCAUUAUAACCUUGUUAAAAUUGUCGCAAGAGCAAUUAAAAAAUGAACCCAGCAACUUGAAGAAGAAUCGAAAAUGAAGGCGAAUCACAGAAGAGUAAAAAUAAUAAAAUAUAACAUUUUAAAUUUUAAGCUAACUAAAUGUGUAAGAGUAACCUUUAACCAUACAAUAUUAUAGCACAUUUUGGAUUAUCAAAUAUGCAUAUACAGCAAAUAUCUAUUAUAAACGGUAAAUGUAAACCCAAAAAGAAACACUGAAACAAUCUAUGUAACAGCCGAAAUAGCAAAAAACCCAUGUAAUAAACAAACAACAUUUAAUGUAAUAUUGGUAUAACGUAAUUUUUAAAGUGAGGUACUAUAAAUAAAAAUUAUUAAAUAAUAUUAAA